GGCAAUUUAUGCAUUUAGCGCAUGUCUGAACCCUUUUUCUCGUGUUUCCUCUUGAAUUUUGACUUUCUCUUCAGUAAUGAUCAGUGAGUUUAUAGGCUUCCUAACAAAUAUUUAAUUAAUUCUUGAAACGGGUGAGCAAUUUAUGAGGAAUGAAAGAAAUUGAGGGGAAUAGGUUCAAUUCCUGCAUUGUAGGCAUGCUUUCUCUUCUAUAAGGAAAUUAAAUAGUAGAGGACAAUUCCCUGUUUAUUGCGACUGUCAUUGUUUCGGACAGCUUCAUGAGCCUUCUUACGACGCAACAUUUAUAUGUUUUUUUUGCCUACAUAAUCUUCGGGAUUACUUAACAUUCUCCUAGAGUCCCAUUCCACGAGAUCUGAUCAGCUAAAUCGUAUUUCAUAAAUCAUAACCCUGUCACUUUGUCUGCAAGUUUCAUUCCCUCUUGGCUUUCAUUUCCAUUUUCCUCAGUUUCUAGUGGUGAUGGAAGGGAAGUAGUACUCUGAGUGUCAAAUUCAGAAUUUCGAGGAUUCAAAGGUGGCAGUGACUGAGAAGGAUCCGAUCAUGAGGAUUAAGCAGCCAGGAGAUGAAAUACAAGAAGGGGUGCAUGGCUGUGAGGAGAAAACAACAAGCGAAACCAAGUCAUGGAGCACCGGAUUCUUGGUGAAUAUGGAGAGCACGGUUGCUGAGAUAGAUUGUGUUAGUAUAGGAGUUUCCAGCAAUGAUAUAGACUUAUCUGUCUUAUAUCCUGAUAGCUCAUCUCUACCAAUUAUGGCGAGUCUGUCUGAGGCAGAUGAUGAAGAAUCAGAAUUGCACACUUGGAAGAAAUUAGGAUUCGAGCCUACAUUACCAAUAUGUCUAAAGUUUGAAGAUGUCACAUACAAGGUACCAGUUAAAGGUGAGAAAACCCCCGAUGCGAACAAGUACAUACUUCAUGGAAUAACUGGAUUGGUACAUCCAGGAGAGGUUCUUGCUCUGAUGGGACCAUCAGGAGGUGGAAAGACAACUCUUCUUAAUCUACUCAGUGGAAGAAUAAAGUUGGAUAGUGGUACCAUUACUUACAAUAAUCAACCGUAUUCCAAGUCACUCAAAUGGAGGAUUGGCUUUGUACUCCAAGAUGAUGUUGCCUUCCCUCAUCUUACAGUCAAGGAAACUCUAACAUAUGCAGCUCUGCUCCGUCUCCCAAAUACCUUAACCAUGCAGCAGAAGAAGGAAAGGGCUACUUAUGUCAUUAGCGAGCUAGGCCUUGAAAGGUGCCAAAAUACAGUGAUUGGUGGCACAUUUUUUAGGGGAAUUUCUGGUGGUGAAAGGAAAAGGGUCUGCAUUGCCAAUGAAAUUCUUCUUAAUCCAUCACUUCUAUUAUUAGAUGAACCAACAUCAGGUUUGGAUUCAACAACUGCUCUUCAAAUUGUUAAGAUGUUACGAAACAUUGCACGGUCUGGAAAGACAGUGGUGACUACAAUACAUCAGCCAUCUAGUAGACUAUUUAGUAAGUUUGACAAGCUGAUUCUCUUGGGUAAAGGCAGUUCCUUGUACUUUGGCAAGGUUUCGGAUGCCAUGCUAUAUUUCUCUUCAAUGGGCUGUUCUCCAUUGAUAGCCAUGAAUCCAGCAGAAUUUCUUAUUGAUUUGGCAAAUGGGAACAUAAAAGACAAAUCAGUUCCAUCAGAUUUGGAAGACAAGUUUUUCCCUAGAAACAACAGCCUUGAUAUGAAACAUGGAGAGCUUUCCCAAGUUGAUGUCCAUGAGUAUCUGGUGGAAGCCUAUGCAGUGAAGGAAGCCAAGUUGGGGAAGACAAAGCUCAUAAAACCCCUACUGAUAGAUGCUGAACCUAGGAUGAAGGCAAGGUCGAGUACAAUGGAAUGGGGAGCAACGUGGUGGGAUCAGUUCUCAAUUCUUUUUCGAAGGGGGCUUAAGGAGAGACGCCAUGAAUACUUUAGCUGCAUACGUAUAACGCAAGUUUUUUUAACUGCUAUAGUCAUGGGUUUACUGUGGUGGCGUUCUGAUGCCUCCUCUCCUAAAGGACUUCAGGAUCAGGCAGGGCUGUUAUUCUUCAUUUCGGUGUUUUGGGCAUUCUUUCCAAUGUUUACUGCCAUUUUCACAUUCCCUCAAGAGAGAGUGAUGCUAGCUAAGGAAAGAUCUGUAGGCAUGUAUAGGCUUAGUGCCUAUUUGUUAGCCAGAAUGACCAGUGAUCUUCCUUUGGAUCUCAUCUUGCCUUUAGUGUUCCUUGUGAUUGUCUAUCUCAUGGCAGGCUUGAAGUCAACAUUUACAGCAUUUUCACUAACAAUGCUUACAGUUUUCUUAAGUGUUGUUGCCGCCCAGGGCCUUGGCCUUACUAUAGGAGCGGCAUUCAUGGAUGUAAAGAAAGCCUCAACUCUGGCUUCUGUUAUCAUCAUGACUUCCAUGUUAUCUGGUGGAUUCUUUAUCCAGAAAGUUCCAGUUUUUAUGUCAUGGGUACGAUACAUCUCAUUUACAUAUCAUACAUAUAGGCUGUUACUGAAGAUCCACUAUGGUUGCUCAACCGGUUUGGAUGCUGAAUCAAGUUCAUCAUGUAAGUCCCCUUUCAAAGGAUUGAGACUCGAUUGGGAUGGCAUGGAAGUUGGUACCAUGGUAGCCAUGACCGUCGGAUAUCGGAUACUAGCCUAUGCUUUCUUAAGGAGAAUGAAGUUAAUGACAAUAAAUUAGUCUAGAUUUUUCAACAAUCUUGACUUGUGAACAUCAGCUUUAUCGAGCCAAUAAGUAGGAUUAAAAGAAAAGGUUCACGUUGUAAAAAAAAAAUCCUUAAUAAGUUGAAAUUGAUGAAUUUCACUUCA